UGCAGCCCCGCCGGGAGGCCCACAGCUGGAAGGAUGCCCCCUGCACGCAAUUCCAAGAGCCUGAGCAGCAAGCAGGCCCGGCCCGGCCGAGGGGCAGGUGUGGAAAAUGUUCAAGCUGACAAGGAGGAGAUUUCUCAGGCAAAACGAUCCCCCUCUUCACCCCAGGGGGCACCCAGGAAGCGUUCUGCCUUUGGAGAUAUCACGAACGCACACAAGGCACAGGGCUUUGUGGGGAAGGAGGAGCCGGAGAAGGCAAUUCUCAAGAAAGCCUCCAAGGGAUUCGCUGCACUGAACGUAGCCAAGAACAACGAGAUCAACCUGAAGAAGUCCCUAGACAAAGCCCCCUCCAAGGAAGGUCCUGCUGAGCUGGGCCAUGCGGUUAACAGUGACCUCAGAGAGGAGCAGGUCGACCCAUCAGUGGUGGUGGCUGCGCCAGCAGGCCUGGCGGCUCCGGCUGAGGACAUAGACGAGGGCCAACUGGACGACCCCUGUGCCAACGCCGAGUACGCGAAAGACAUCUUCAUCUACAUGCGGGAGCGAGAGAAGAGCUUCCUGCUCCCAGACUACAUGAAGAACCAGCCCGACAUCACCACAGACAUGCGGGCCAUCCUGGUGGACUGGAUGGUGGAGGUGCAGGAGAACUUUGAGCUCACCCAUGAGACCCUUUAUUUGGCGGUCAAGCUGAUGGAUCACUACCUGGUUCAGGUGGGGGCCAUGAGGGACAAGCUGCAGCUGAUCGGCUCUACCGCCAUCCUCAUUGCCUCCAAGUUUGAGGAGCGCUGCCCACCCUGCGUGGAUGACUUCCUGUACAUCUGUGACGAUGCCUACAAGCGGGAGGAGCUGCUUGCCACGGAGAGAAGCAUCCUGCAGACGCUACGCUUCGACAUCAACGUCCCCAUAGCCUACCGCUUCCUCCGACGGUUUGCCAAGUGUGCCCAGGCUACAAUGGAGACCCUGACCCUGGCCCGGUUCAUCUGCGAGCUGACCCUGCAGGACUACGCGUUUGUGCAGGAGCGCGCCUCCCGCCUAGCUGCCAGCUGCCUCCUGCUGGCGCUCAAGAUGAAGAGCCUUGGGGGUUGGAGCCCAACGCUGGAGUACUACAGUGGCUAUGGAACCCGGGAUCUUCUCCCUCUGGUGAAGCAGCUCAACUGCCUGCUGACCUAUGGCCGGGAUGACCGGCUCAGGGCUGUGCGCAACAAAUACUCUCACCGGGUCUUCUUUGCGGUGGCCCAGACAGAGCCGGUGGACACGCAGGAGCUGGAGAAAGCCUUGCAGAGCUAGCCCUCGGGUGGAGGGUCGGGGCAUCUCCACCCUUGGGCACCAGGGCCUGUCCUGCAUGGAAGCUGGAGUUGGCCUACCUUGUAAAUAAAUGUGGGGACUUAGCCUCUGAGGCCUGUAAAUAUAU